CGGCGGGAGCGUGGAGGCCGCUCCCUCCGCCUCAUCCCUGCCCGCGCCUCUGCCGGGCCAACGCCGCUGCCCGGGCGCCGUCGCCUAGCAACCACGCCCAGCCCCCGCUGCUGCAGGCGCCCGACUCCUCGCGGCGCCCGCGCGCUCCCGGAGGCAGUGCACGCGCCGCCCGCCCGCAGGAGCGCGCACAGCCUUCCGCUCCUGCCUGGCACAAGGGCGGUGCAUGCACCUAUCCCGUCCCACCCACAGGGGCCGGGGCCAGCCGAAUACCGGACGGGCGCGCGCGGCCUCAGCCAUGCGCCACGCUACUAAGUGUGCUCUGGUGCUUCUCAGGAAUAAGACUUUGCAGAUGGAAAAAAUAAAGGCACGACUAAAAGCGGAGUUUGAGGCCCUGGAGUCUGAGGAGAGGCACCUGAAAGAAUACAAGCAAGAAAUGGACCUGCUGCUGCAAGAGAAGAUGGCACAUGUGGAGGAGCUGCGUCUGAUCCAUGCUGAUAUUAAUGUGAUGGAGAAUACUAUCAAGCAGUCUGAGAAUGAUCUCAACAAACUCUUGGAAUCUACUCGUCGCCUGCAUGAGGAGUACAAACCCCUGAAGGAGCAUGUAGAUGCUCUGCGAAUGACUCUGGGCUUGCAGAGGCUGCCAGAUCUGUGUGAGGAAGAAGAGAAACUGUCCCUUGACUACUUUGAAAAGCAGAAAGCAGAAUGGCAGACAGAACCACAGGAGCCUCCCAUCCCAGAGUCUCUGGCUGCAGCUGCAGCAGCUGCCCAACAACUGCAAGUGGCUAGGAAGCAAGAUACCAGACAGACAGCAACGUUCAGACAACAGCCACCUCCGAUGAAGGCCUGUUUAUCCUGUCACCAACAAAUUCAUCGGAAUGCACCAAUAUGUCCUCUCUGCAAAGCAAAAAGCCGAUCUCGGAAUCCCAAAAAGCCCAAAAGGAAGCAGGAUGAAUGAAACUCAGAAAACUGCUGAGCAAAGUGUGACCUUUUCCAAUACCAUUCCAGUAGAACUGUAAAUGUGGCCAGACUUUACUGAAGUACAGACACAACUAUGACCGACCCAUUGUUUUCUAUCAAUACAAUGUAAGCACAACGUUCCUGUUCUGUUUUAAUUUUUUUCUGGUCCUUAGGAUGUUUUAGGAAAAUAAGUAUUAACGGUGCUACAGUUUAAUGUUUCAAUCAUUCCAUUUUUUGGAUUCCUAAGCAAUAUAGAAUUCUUAUGUGAGUAUCCUAGACACCAGGCUAUGCUUAUUGGCCACAUGUGAUUACCACAGGUACUUUUAUGUCCUCUUUUUAAAAAUAGAUGUUACUAAAAGAUUAUUCAAUUUUCUUCUGAUAACAGGAGACCAUUUGAAAUGCAGAAAAAAUCUGUUUGUUUUACUAAAGAACAAUUUUCCAGGCUAGUAAAAUUUCACGGGCUUAGGUAUCAAAUGGUGCUUUUUUUUUUUUUUUUAACCCCUUUCUUUUUUAAUACUGGAAAUGUUCAGGGGCAAAAAUGUUUAUACAAGAAUUCAGUGCAUUAAGGACACAAGCGAAUUUUGAUUUACUGGAGUUUGACUGUACAUUCAAUCAAAUUUGGCUUAAAAUUUGGAAAAGGGAUCCGGUUAUAGGCUGUGUAUGAAUUACUAAAAAUGACAUAAUGUGUGAUGUUUUAACAUCUUAAUGUGGUAUUAUUUUCAGCAGUCAGAUUUCUGACUGACUCACAUGAACACAUUAGUGGUCCUUCUGCGCUCUAAGAUAAAAACCAGCGAGCCCACAGACUGCAACAGUAGCCAUUCUGCACAGCUCCUCUUUCUGGUUUCUACAGCAAAAAUCUCCUUUGGCAGACAUAUCCUUGACUGGAUUACAGGGAAGUUCAAUAACAUACUGGGAACAGUGUCAACUUAAAAAUGAUGCAAUUCACCAGAACUGUCAUGUUUUUGUGUUGUUUUUUCUCCCUAACCAAAACUUCCUAUUGUUAUAUCUUUUAAUAACCCAUUUUGAAAUUAGUUUUAUUUCACCCAUGUUUUCUUCUUCCUCUGCAUGUGUACCAGAAGAAUCCUGAUUGCAGGAUCCUGCAGACCCCUCCCUGUAUCUGUUUCAUCUCAUGUAACCGUUUCUCCCACAGGGAGGAUGGUAGUGACCCACCUAUGGAGCUGGGACUUCUGACUUACUUAUUUCUAAUUCUGAUUUUGUCACCAACAUGGUUGAUCUUUGGUACUGUAUAUUAUUUUCACUAACUUCAGGAGACAGGGAGUGCCUGACCUCUUUUUUUUUUUUUUUUUUUUAGCCCAAGUUUUCUUCUACUACUAUACUAUUACUAUACUUCUACUACUAUAAUACUGUGAUAAUAUUGGGAAUUUUGCUUGUUUAAAAAAGAACAGUGAAACCCUAAGUCACUGGUCAGAACUAUGCCAUAUGGUGGGGACUCUGUAAAUCCACACAAAAUGAUUUUGCUGGCUAAGGCACAUAUAUUGCCAUUAAUUUCCAAACUCUGCCAUAAAGUACACAAGUAUUUUAUUGAAUGUAGUGCUACAAGUUAUGCCAAGUUCAGUCAGUAUUCUCCCAUUUUAAUGUUUCAUAACCAAAUAAACAUCUGUAAGCAGGGCAGACAGAAUGUGGACUAUAUGCCACUGAAAAGAUGUAAAGAGAGAAUUCUGUAAGCUGUAUUACUCGGAAUUGCUUUCUGGGAGAUAAUGAUAGUGGAGGAUAGCGUGACCUCAUGCUCCCUUUACCACAUGGCAGUAGUGCCCCAACUCUCUAUCUUUAUGCAUAUUUCCUAACACAAAUAUUCUGUGUUCUGGUUUUAUAUGUCAGAGAGACUGCAUACUGUGUACCCUGCUCAGAGCAAUUCCUAUUGAGUUUAAAGGAAGAUAUACACAGGGUUAAAGACUAGCAUAUGGACUCCUCCAAUCUGCAUGCAUUAAAGCAGCAUACUUUUGUGAUAGAUAUUCAUAAAUUUAAGAACUAGUGACAUUGGAGAGUGAGUGAAUGGUUUGCAAUGAAGUAGUGUGUAUAGAAGCAUAGACUUUUAGAACUGAUUUACAGUCCUGAAAUAGACAAGGUUAGUCCUAGCUGUUCUUAUUUCACUAUUGCUUUGCUAGGUUCUUCAUUUCUUGGGGAUCUCUAGAGUUCUAGACUGCAGCAUGCUUAAGGAUGCACCAUUUCCUAAUUUUGUAUGACAGUUUUGUAUUAUUGUUUUUGUUUAAACUAGCCUCUUGUGUCCUUGUGUUUAACAAGGUUUUGUUAUUUAAAAAAAGGAAAAAAAGUGUAUAUGACAUACUGUAUUUCUAUCAAUCACAUAUUACUGUUUACAAAUCUGUUUGCACAUCCUUUCUGAAGUUCAGUCAUAUGAGUAGUGAGAUGUUGUUGAGAAAGAAUCAAACUAUUCCAGUGAGACAAAAAUCCAUAUAUAUAUAUUCAAGGGUCUUGAGGGCAGAGGGAUGGAGAGAAGCAUUAUCUCAGGGAACUAGUAAUCUGUUAUCUAACAGGCAGUUCUCUAAUUAAGGAAGUUAACUGGAGAGCUCUUCUGGUGACAGCCUUGGCCCUUUCCUCCCAUACAUCUUUCUUGAGAGACUUGAGAGAUAAUUAUGAAACACUGAUUCCUUGCUCUGUCAGAGGAGGCAACUAUCUGAAGAACAGUUUUUACUACAAAACUAUGGCAUUUCUGCUCUGUGAAGCAAAUUUGGCCUCUUCAUUUGUACCUAACAUUCUUUCAGAAUGAUGUUACUUCACUUAAAUACAUUCUUAUUCAGGUUAAAUUCUCUUAAUAGACACAAAGAAACCCUUGCCACAUAUGCUGAGAGGCUGUUUAAGCCUUGAAUACCUUACCAGACUUCUGUAUUUCUAACACAUGGUUUGACCCCUGGUCAUUCCCUUUUCAGUGUAUAUUCAAGUGGCAACAAAACCACAGAAUUUCCUGUAGUUGUUUUCCAGGGUCCUUCCCCAGUUUUUCAUCCGCCUUGAAUGGUGUAGUCCUGUUCUUCUGCAACCAAAUGGUGAAGAGUUCACAAGCAUCUCCUUCUCUCCUCCUCCCCCCCUCCCCCAACCACACCUUAAGCUCAUGCUAAAAUGAUGAAAACAUUGUACCGUGAAAAAGGGCUUUACUAUAAAAAAAAAAAAAUUCAUACUGAAGCUGGGGUUGAUCAAUUACUAAAACUUCGCUGCCAAGGACUCCAUGAUGUAUAAAGAAAAUGUAAGCCAAAUUCUAAUAAUUGCACUAAAUGAAUUUAACUUUGGCUUUUUCAACAGCACACAUAGCUUCAAGUUACAUUACUUACGUUUGAAAGAAUAGGCAUUGGUGUGCUCUUCUAAGUACCAGACUAUUCAAGAAGUCUAGACAGUACUAGCAGUUUAAAUAAAUAAAUGGAAGUGCUUUCCCUUAUUUUACAGUUUGCUAAGUCCCCUGAUGUAUGUUUUUAUUUUAGCUUUUGGGUAUUUUAACAAUACCUGGAGUUUCAAUGGUUUCUGUGUUAAUAUAUUUUAUUCCUCUGACGAGGAUUAACCUAUUAACUUCUCUGUACAAUGCUUUUUAAUAAAAUUUACUUUCACGUCA